AUGGACCAGCACAGUACUUCCCGCGAACCUCAUCUCCCCAAAUCUGCGCGCAAGAGGCAGAAGGUGGUGACUGCGUGUGACCGAUGCAGGACUCGGAAAGUCAAGUGCGAUGGAUGUCGACCAGUGUGCUCUCAAUGCCAAAAACAGAGGACGUCGGCCGAAUGCAUUUGGGAUGAGCGGCCCUCUCGCGUCAACCAUCAUGCUUCUUUGCAGUAUGUUCAGUUGCUCGAGGACCGGAUUCGCGAAUUAGAACAGCAGAGAUUGCCGCCGACCCAGAGCUGUCCCGAAGAUAAUACAGAAGAACAAGCAACUUGGAUGGACACUUCGCUGCUUUCUCCCUCGGGAAGGACCAGCAUCUCACAGGGAGAGGUACAACGGACGGGCAAACAUCAAUCAUCCUUGAUGGACGUGCGAAUGCCAUUUUCUGAUCCAGGUGAACAAUCAGCCUUGGCCGCCAGCGGCGGCAUGUCUGUAAUGAUCGGACCAGCCACAAACGAGUCACGCAGGCAGCAACUUUCCGAAAGCUCGAGCGCGCGCAGUUUCAUACAGCAUGUGCGUCAAGUGGCCGAGCAGAAAAAAACCCCGCCAACUAUGGCCAACGGAUCGGUACCAACACGAGACCAAGAUAACCUUCCGCUUAUGGUGCCCAACGAGGACCUCAAACGAACAACCAAUGAUUAUACCUUACCUACGCGAACCAGGGCAGACGGCCUGAUGUCCGUAUACUGGACUUACGUUCAUACGCUAUAUCCGAUCCUAGAGAAACAAAUGACGACAGCUGAUUAUGAGAGACUAUGGAUGAGCGAUAGCUGUAUUCCACAUGAACGUUCAUUUCUGUGUCUUCUCAACAUCAUUUUCUCGCUUACGAGUCAACUCACAGAUGCCGUUGAGCCUUAUGAUCGAGCAGCAUCUGCUGCCGUGUUUUUCACUAGGGCUAGAGAGCUUUUGGAUAUCGAUAGCAAUGCCUGCGUCCGUUAUGUCCAGAUCUUCCUUCUUUUCGGCAUGUAUUUACAAAGUACAAACGAACCCCAUCAGUGCUGGGUCUUUGUUGGUCUGGCGAUUCGAACAGCUCAAAGUCUCGAGCUUCACAUACCGGAGAGAAACGAACGGCCGACUAAUGCGCGGCAUCGAGCUCUACUCCGUAGAGUAUGGCACGGAUGUGUCCUGAUGGACAGAGUUAUGGCUUUGACGUAUGGUCGCCCAUGUAUGAUCGACCGUAAAGUGGCUCUCUCAGUACCUCAUCCUCUUCCAGUCGAAGGAGAAGAACUACUUGCAGACCCUGGCAUGUCGACAAGCUUAGGAGAAACAGAACACCCUACCUUAGUUGACUUCUUCUCCCAGUCUUUGGCUCUAUACGACAUUCUGCAUGAUAUACUUCUCAACUUCUAUUCGCCAGAGACUUCACCUAUCCAGUCAUUAGACGACGUCUAUCGAUGUUACUUCGAAGGUUUAGGACGUGAGUUUAGCAUCCAUGGUAUCGAUCGAAGGCUCUAUACCUGGGAAAAGGGUCUCCCAAGCUAUUUGAGAGCAAGUAGCUACCCUGCUCAGCAUAGAGCAGUGACGGUGCUUUCUCGGCAAGCCGUCGUUAUCCGUCAAAGGUAUCUGCAUGUUCGCCUCUUAUCCCUACGUCCAGUACUAUCAGCUUUCAUAAGUCUUGACAGCCACGAAAGAGAUGGUCAUCCCUGGCUGGAUUCCUUCCUGUGUCGCCCUUCGAUCUUCCAUUGUUCCGUUCUCUGUGUCCGAGUCGCACAAGAGGCAGUCGAACUUGUACACGACAGGCGGACAGAAGAUCCAGGCGCUUCGGCUGACUUGGCCGCGUGGUGGUACAAUGUUUUGUACUUGUAUACCGCCGGUACGGUUCUCGUUGCUGCGCGUCUCAGUCCAUUCAUCUUGUCGGAAAUAUCAGAAGCCGCCAUCUUCGACUCAUGGCGGCAAGUGAUGCAGGCACUCGAUCGUUACACCGUCUUUGGCAGUCAGAUCAAGCACCUCAUUUCCACGUUGGGACUCCUCUUCGACACCGUCCCGCAACAUUUCUCGCGGCUCCGGCCAAUUCCAGAGGAGAACUUUGCCCAACAGCAGAGAAAUGAUCUCGCGAAUGCCACACUGACAUUGGGACAGGACGGGUUGGUCGAUUCUCGGUCUACAGCGAUGUCGCGGGACCUGACUCCCACUUUCUUUGAGCGGAAUAUAGCUGAUAUGGACGGCUUUGGCUUCGAUAUAAACAACCCUGCAGCCUUACUUGCCGCAUUCGACACCAAUGACAUGUCCUGGCUCACGACGGUUCCAUUUGAAAUGUGA